UCUCGGAAUUUGGCUCGUUGAAUCUUGAGGCAUUCUUUUCAGAACAGCUCCAAUGGUUUGUAUCCGCCCAAAUUCUGUAUAAACACCCUUACCAAUCUCCUCCGACCGAAUGUCUGGAUGUAAAAUGAAGUAGUCAAUCACUUCCAUUCCUUCCACCUUUUGUAUCCUUCCCAAGAAAAGAUCAUACCCGGGGUAUUCGACCGAUAUCGCAACACCCGUAUAUAUCAUCAACAUCCCCCCAAGAGAAGGAAGAUCGCAGGCUAAUUCUACAAUCUGCAUCGAGAUGUCGACUUCCAAAUCCGCGCCUCCGUCUGCGUACACGGGUAGAUCCUCCCCGCUAACGCUAGACGCGAUGUAUGGUGGAUUGCUCACUACAAGAUCCACUUCGCCAGAUACAUGUAGUGUGCGAGAAAUUUUUGGCUGGUUCGACGGCGCGCGUGAGAUGUUUUCCACAGAAAUUGAAGCAGAAAGAUGGCUUAAACAAGCUGCAGUCGUGAAACGUGUUGACGAUGCGUGGUUGGGUAACCUAAGUAAGGUUCACACUCUUCACAGACAUAACCUGCAAAACUAA